AUGGCUAGUGAAGCAUCCACUGGGCACAGCGCGUUCUUCUACGGCACGCUCAUGCAUCCCAAAAUAUUGACUCGCGUCAUAAACAAUACGGGGGCUCACCUGCGCUUCUGUCCAGCUGUUUUACUGAGAGCAGACUAUCCAGGCGUCGUCUCCUAUUCAGAAGGGAAGCAGCUUUUCUCUCGUGAACUUUCUCUGGAGGAGAGGUCUGUUCGAGGUACGCUCGUAACUGGUCUUUCAGAUUCAGACAUGGCCCUUCUUGAUUUCUUCGAAGGAUCUGAAUACACCCGACAAGCCGUCUCCGUCCACCCUCUAAGUGAGCUCAAAGACUUUGACCUCACCUCACACCCCCUGUCCAGGAGCGACGAAGCGUCUCUCGUCCCGACCCACCCUCCGCCUCUCCCAGACACCUCUGAGCUCCUCCCGCCCGUCGAAGCGGAAACGUACAUAUUCAAAUACGUUCGAAAGCUCGAACCCGAGUUGUGGUCGUUCGAGGACUUCGUUGCUAAGAAUGCGAGAAAGUGGUAUUCCAAUGAUUGGAAUGAGGAGGAGUAUGAGGAUCAAGAGCUGCGUGAAUUGUGGAAUGGAGCAGAUGCCAGGGGAUCCGUAAUCGAGAGGCGGUUGGCGCUAGACCUAUACACGUUUGGAGGUCAAUGGCAAAUUAGACCUGCACACAAUCGUGCCCUGACUGCCGUCGAGGUUGAAUCUGGGGUUGAAGGAAUAUUGCCCAUAGCAAUGUGGUCGCAGGCGGUAGAAAUGAAUUGGAGAAGACUCAAUUCGGGGAACGGGGAUGGCGGCAAAGAGCAAGACGGAAUCGCGCAAUAUUUGUGGAUGUUGUCCGCCGAAAUCAAGUUCGGCAAAUUUCCCGAAAGAAAUUGGUCUUCCGUGAUUGGCUUGUGUUGCUCUCACCCUUUUCUCCUCCACAACCCAUCCUUCCGCCUUAAUUUACCGCGCAAGGCACGUCGCGACGCCAUGCGACUAGCUUCAAUUUGGUCCUUGCGCCAUGGUUCCAUGGCUACCCGCAGAUUCUAUGCGUCGGUAGCCGCAGGUCGUGUGCCCCAGACUUUCAUUGAGAAGGUCGUCCAGAAGUAUGCAGUCGGACUGCCAGAAGGAAAGGUCGUCAAGGCUGGGGACUAUGUCAUGAUCAAGCCUGAACAUGUCAUGACCCACGAUAACACUGGCCCUGUCAUCUCCAAGUGUGCAACCAAGAUCCAUAACCCUUCCCAGCCCGUGUUCACCCUGGACCACGACGUGCAAAACAGGUCGAGCAAGAACUUGCAGAAAUACGCCAACAUUGAGGCAUUUGCUCGCCAACACGGAGUCGACUUCUACCCUGCCGGACGCGGAAUUGGACACCAAGUCCUCGUGGAGGAGGGCUAUGCCUUCCCACAUACUCUGACUGUCGCCAGUGACAGCCACAGCAAUAUGUACGGUGGUGUUGGCUGUGUUGGAACCCCCAUUGUCCGAACCGACGCUGCAGCACUUUGGGCAACCGGCAAAACCUGGUGGCAGGUCCCCCGAAUGGUCAAGGUCGAGCUCAAGGGCAAACUUGCGCCCGGUGUAACCGGAAAGGACGUUAUCGUCGCCCUCUGCGGCUCAUUCAACAAGGAUGAAGUGCUCAACGCCGCCAUCGAGUUUACCGGAGAGGGUGUAUCGACUCUCAGCGUCGACGAACGACUUACGAUUGCGAACAUGACGACCGAGUGGGGGGCCCUAGCCGGCGUGUUCCCCGUUGACGAGACUUUGCUCAGUUGGUACGACAGGGUGUUGAACAAACUCGAACUCCGCACCUUUGCUUCCCCUUCGUCUUCCGCCAUUCCCCCCCCACCUACCCACCCCCGUCUCAACCGUGAGCGACUUUCGGCCUUGCGACAGACCCCCCUCUCAUCUGACUCUGGCGCUGAAUACUCUUCUCACCUUGUUUUCGAUCUUUCCACCCUUGUACCCCACGUCUCCGGACCGAACAGCGUCAAGGUGUCCACCCCCCUCCCCACCCUCGAAUCCCAGAAAAUCCCUAUCAACAAAGCCUACCUCGUCAGUUGCACCAACUCACGUGUAUCUGAUAUCGCCGCUGCCGCUGCUGUCGUGCGAGGUCACAAGAUCGCUCCCGGCGUCGAAUUCUACAUCGCCGCUGCCAGCUCGAACGUACAGCAAGAAUCCGAAGCUUUGGGCGACUGGGACGCACUCAUCCAAGCUGGCGCUAAGACUUUGCCUGCAGGCUGUGGACCCUGUAUUGGUCUUGGAACCGGUCUCCUGGAGGACGGCGAAAUUGGUAUCAGCGCCACGAACCGAAACUACAAGGGUCGGAUGGGUAGCCCCAAUGCGCAGGCGUACCUCGCCAGCCCGGCGGUUGUAGCUGCUAGCGCGAUCAAUGGGUUCAUCUCUGGCCCUGCUUCGCUUGACCCUGCCCAACUCCCGCCUGCUGGUGCCCCAACUUAUACCAUCUCCGAACAACCCGCUUCUGCGGCUUCAUCUGUCGCCGCAGAGAACGAGCCCCUGCUCGAAGGGUUCCCUCCUGCCUUUUCUGGCCCUCUCCUCUUCGCACCGCAGGACAACUUGAACACCGACGGCAUCUACCCCGGAAAGUAUACCUACCAAGAUGAUAUCACGCUCGAACGACAGGCCGAAGUCGUCAUGGAAAACUACGAUCCCGGCUUUGCUUCUCUCGUCGCCUCGCUCCGCAAAGGAUUCAGCACCUCUGAAGGAUCGAGUGUGAAGCCCGGCGUGGUGUUGGUUGCAGGGUACAACUUUGGUACAGGGUCCUCCCGCGAGCAAGCUGCGACAGCAUUGAAGUCUGCUGGUGUCCCGUUGGUCAUCGCUGGCUCCUUUGGUGACAUCUUCAAGCGCAACGCGAUCAACAACGGGUUGGUGUGUCUCGAGAGCCCUGAGCUUGUUGCGGACCUCACCGCUGCGUAUACCAAAGAUGGCAAGCGGGGCGCGGGUGGCAAGGACGGGGAGUUGACUGUGGACAAGGGCUUGCAGGUUGUUGUGAAUAUGGAGAAUGGGAACGUUACUGUUACGACGGGUGGUGUGGAGAAGGUGUACAAGGUGAAGCCCGUUGGCGCUAGCGUGCAGGAGUUGUGGUUGUGCGGUGGUCUGGAGGGGUAUAUCCUCAAGGAGAUUCAAAAGGAGGCUGCUGCUUCUGCGUAG